GCGGUGCAGGCGGGAGCCCCGCCCGGCGGGGGAUGCGCAGUGUGGGUGCGCGGCGGCUGCGCAGAGCGGGGCGGACAUGGGCGAGGAGCGGCUGCGGAGGGUGCGGGACCGUGUGCGGUCCUUCCCGGACUUCCCGGUGCCCGGAGUGGUGUUCCGUGAUAUCAGCCCCUUGCUGAAGGAUCCUGUAGCUUUCAGGACUUUGAUUGAUCUUCUGGAAGAUCAUUUGAGGGCAUCUUUCCCCAAAAUCGACUAUAUUGCAGGCCUGGACUCCCGCGGCUUCCUCAUAGGCCCCCCUCUGGCUCAGAGACUGGGAAUCGGCUUCAUCCUGAUACGGAAGAAGGGGAAGCUUCCAGGUCCAACGGAGUCAGUCUCCUACACCCUUGAGUAUGGCAAGGCUGAACUUGAAAUCCAGAGUGAUGCCGUGGAACCGGGACAAAAAGUAGUUAUUGUAGAUGACUUGCUUGCAACUGGAGGUACCAUGUGUGCGGCCAGCGAGCUGAUGAAGAGGCUGAAGGCUGAAGUCCUGGAGUGCCUGGUGGUCAUAGAGUUAAAACUCCUGAAAGGGUCGGAAAAACUCAACUGCAUCCCUUUCUACUCUCUGCUGCAGUUCGACUGAGAAGGAGCUGGGAGAAGAGAAUGCACGCCGUGAGCUGUGUAUGAGUUAGGGCUUUAUUCAGUGAUUCUUGCUGUCAUGAGGGGGUGGGAAUGGGGGGAACCUACAGUUUUGAUCCUGGCCAGAUGCUAUACAAUCACGUCCCAUUUAUUUUCCAAGCCACAGAUUAAGGUGUGAUGAGUGUAAGGAUUCUUUUUGCAGUUCAUCCUUUUGGGAAGAAGGAACAGCUUGAUUGUUUUGAGGGAUGGAGACCAAGAUGCAGCUUCACUAAGUAUUGUAUUUUUUAGGAGACCAAAGUGAAAAAACAGUGCAGCUGAGGGAGGAGAGAUCUGAGAGUUUUGGGGGCCCAGCAUUUUCCUUCGGUUGAGCUGCGCCUUCUCAGCCUCCUAGGAACCCAUUAAAAGUUUGACAAAGAAACACAGAAGAUGGGCACAAGAUUUUUCUAAGGGAUAAAUUCCUCUGUACUUGAUCUCAGAGGAUUGUCUGGUUGCUCUCUGCUGUUUUUCACACCCUAAUAGGUUACUUUUACAUUAAGGUCGCGCUUGUUAAGGAGAAUUAAGUGCCUGCCCAGCCCUGCGUGCUGAAGUCAGGAGACAGCCACUGACAAUACAACAGAGGUCGCUGGUUUAGAGGAGCUCAAACACAAUGUCAGCUUGCAGCUUGGUUUCCGGUCUCCUUCCCUUGAGACCGCAGGAUGCUGAAGGUCUCUGUUGUAGUAAGCCACCUGCCUUCCUUUAGUCCAGAGUAGUUCUUAGCAGUGGAGUCUGCAAAACGGAGCAGUCUACGUCAUGAGAAGUAGCAGACAGCUGGGCAGCAGCAUGGGCACCUACCAAAGACUGCAGCUCCAGCAGCUUUUGUUUAGCACAAGUUCCCCACCUGCUGCAACACUUCUGACUCCCUCUGCUGCUGACUUCCCUCUGCUGUGUUCCCCUUGGAGCAUCAGGAUGCUGAAAGGACACCACCAGUUUGAAUCCCCAUUCUUCUUUGUGUAUUUGGUAUCAGAUAAGGCCACAGGAAAGAAAGAAAAGGUGUUAUGCUUGCAGCUGAGCUGCAGUGUCUCACUCAGGUUGUGUCAUGGGUGAAGUAGAGGUUGGAGAUGUUCCCUAUAGCACAGCUCAGUUUGGUCACAAAAGUAGCUAAAACUCACUGUGCCAAAACUUUGACAUGCCUGAAAACAUAGGGGCUGGGUCCCUGGCUGAGCAGGGCCUCAACUCAUUGAUGAAAUAAAAUGUUGACUUAUUUUUACUUUUUCUA